UUGGGCCGAGGAGCCCUUCCAGAUCACUGGCCUCCCCGUUCUUAACCCUUUUCUGGGCCACUGAUGCUUUCCCUCCCCCUAUUUGUAAUGUUACUGAUGAACAGAGCGGACCUUCUCUAUUCUGUACUUCAGAGGCUGUCGCCAUGCACUGAAGAUGUUCGUAGUAACAAUUCAGAAGAGGCAGCACGCAUGUACUGUCAAGUAAAGCAGAUUACGACAGAACUCCCGUUGAGUGUGUGUUCACUGGUACAACCAACCGGACGGUGCCCCGAAACAGAUAAAAGUACCAGAGAACACGAGCCACAAGUUCAUUUAAUGGUGUACCAGGGAAGAGGGUGGUGGGCUGAUUCCCAGAAGGUCUCUCAAAUGUGUGUAAGAAUUACUGCUAAGGAGUUCUAAGCCAUUUUGGUAGCUACAGGCCCAGGCCCGGGGGAUGAGGGCCAGAAUGGGAGAAACGGUAGGACCAGUUGAGAUCAGGUAAAGAGGAGUUCAGAUAAACAAGCAAACUAUGCUAUUGGCACGCUAUGGCUGGUGAUAUUGACAAGAUAAGCUGUAGGAAGGAUAAUUUCUCAUCACAUUGGAGAAAUCUAUUUAUAGCCUGUUUCUCAUUAUAUAAUGAAAAGCUACUAAUGGAGUAGCAGACAACGAUAUGGGUAAUAGCUUACUAACUGUCACUUGAGUUCAGGGAUGACGGGUUUCUUUCAUGCAUGAAGUACUGAAUACAUUUCUUAAAAUUCAGAUAUGGCGUCAGUUUGUAGUCAUAUCCUAAAGAAAAAUCACAGUGCAGUAUUUUAUUUAUAGUACUAUAUUCUUUGUGAGUGUGUGUGUGUGUGUGUGUGCACGCACAUGUGGUACAGGUUGGGGAUGAGUUAUUUGAAAUAUACCGUAAAGAAAUCUUCCCUUCAAAUACAAAAUCAAUUUACCUCAACCUCUUACCAGUUCCCUUCCACUAGUCUUUUUUUUUUCCCCAAGAAAAGUGAUAAACGAUCUACAAGUCAUUAAAGUGGAUUUUGUUGUUUUUUACCUGUCCCUUAUUUUAUUUCCAACUCCUGCCUAAUAAGACAGCUCUCCUACCUGUCUUCAUCUGGAUAAGCUCAUCUUAUUUUUGCCUGAAAUUGUUGUAAAUGCCUAUGUCUAGUAGAUUUGGGGAAACUUGGAUCUCAAUGAGUAAUAGCAUCUCAGUUGUUUAUGAGUGCCAUGGAUUUCUUUUGGCUUGUUUAAAGUUCAAAAGUGUCAGCAAGGUUAGCAACCCAUCUGGGAAUAUAAACGGCAUUUUCACAGGCUGGUGUUGGCUGCACAAAGACAAACUGAAUUCUUAAUUACCACUAAAGUAGAUGCUAAUGGAUUUUUCCUGUUUUACAGCUUUCAUCUCUAACUUUACCUGUAAGUUUAAGACCCCGACAACUUAGAUUCGGCUUUGCUGUUGGGUCCUCGUGUUUCUUUCUUAAGUCUCAGUGAGAGCUACAGAAUCUCACAAAGGUAAAAUGUAUUUCUGGAAAAACAUCCAAAAGCAGAUACCAGAUUUAUUUCCAUGAAGAUCAGAAUCCUGUCAAAGAAUGGAGGUAGUAAGUACAGCGCUGUUUGGUAAUUCUUUGCUCCGCCUGAACAGGUUCUUCAUCUGGACGGUGUCCCGGGGAGGGCCCCUGAGGAGCCCAGAACUGUAACCCCGGGAGGACCUCACUGCUGGAACUCCCAGGAAUGCCCGGGUUGAUCCUUAAAUAAAAUAAAAAUCUAUCCCGUAAAGGGCUUUCAUGAAGAAAUUAAAGAGAGGAGAUUACAAGUAAUAGAGAAACUAGGAGUUGUACACUGGAGAAGCCACCUAAAAUAACUGGAGUAAGACAAAAAGAGUGAAUACAUCUGGAAGAAAUUUUACUUAGUAUGGUAUUUUUGCCCACUUUUUGGUCAUAAAGGCCGCUAAGGAAGAAAGAAUAUAGUUUUCUAGAGAAAGAACGAGUGUAAUGUAAAAAUGGAAGCCACAGUUUCUGAAAUUCAAGUCGAAAGCAAGGAUGAGAAGAGACCCACAGAAGUUAGUCCUCAAGAUGAGCGGCAGGAGGAAAAAGCAUCAGUGCUUUGCUUCAAGAGAAGAAAGAAAGCAGCCAAAGAGAUGAAGCCCAAAGCUAGCUCUAAAGCUGCUGGUGCAGCAAGAACGGGCCUCCCAGAGGUGGGAGCUUCUGAUCAGCCCCAGGCCCCAGUGGGGGCCUGGGUGUCAAUCAAACGUCUUGUAACGCACAGGAAAAGGUCAGAAGCUUCAAAGCAGCAAAAGCCCUUUGAGGCUAAAGUGAAACCUGAAAUCAGUGCUGAGGAUGCUGAUCUUUCUAGGAAAAAGGCAAAAUCCAGACUCAAGAUUCCCUGCAUAAAAUUCUCAAAAGGAGAGAAAAGAAGUAAUCAUUCCAAAAUUAUAGAAGACUCCGACUGCAGCCUCAGAGUCCAGGGAGAGGCUGAACGUUUGGAUACGGAAGCUCCGACCCAAUCCGAUGACCAGGCAACCACGCCCAAGUUGCCCCAGGAUGUGAGUAAAGCUGUCUCACAGAAAGGGGGCGAUGAGUUCUGUGAGCCAAAUGUGAGCCACGGCACAACGGCACCUGGGGAAAAAGUGAUUGCAGUAGAACUUGGGUUAGACACGGGGCAUUCUGCCAUUCACACAGGAACGCUAGUCAUUGAACGAGAUACUGAAACAACUGAGGAAAAACAACGCGUUCAACCCCAGCAAGCAAGCCCACUUGAACCUUCAGAAACACAACAGCAACUGCCGGUGGCUUCUGAUGUUCCUCCCUCACCUGCAGUCCCAGAUCAGCAAAUUGUGGAAGAAGCCAAAAGCAAUAUCCUAGAAAGUGGACCAAAUUGGAAACAGCACGAAAGUGGAGAGAUGGUUGCUGAAGAGAGUGAGCCAAAAGAUACUGAACUGAGCCAGGAAUCAGAGCUUAGAGGAAAUGAGGUCACUGCAGAGAAACCAAAACCAGAAGAAAGCAAAAGAAUGGAGCCAAUCGCUAUUAUUAUUACAGACACUGAAAUCAGUGAAUUUGAUGUUAAGAAAUCUAAAAAUGUCCCUAAGCAAUUCUUAAUUUCAAUUGAAAAUGAGCAAAUAGGGGUUUUUGCUAAUGAUAGUGGUUUUGAGGGUAGAACUUCAGAACAAUACGAAACACUCUUAAAAGAAACGGCUUCUUCUCUUGUCAAGAAUGCUAUUCAGUUGUCUAUAGAACAGCUGAUUAAUGAAAUGGCCUCUGAUGAUAAUAAAAUAAACAAUCUUCUGCAGUGACUUAAUUUCCAAAUCAUGGGAGGAAAAGAAAAAAAGCUUAAUGCUGGCUGAAUUAUUUUACAUACUUGCGGCAUUUCUUUUUCAGUAACAAAUGAGGGAUUUAUCAUCUGUGGAAUUUAAAGGUACAGUUCUGAUCCAGAAGUGCUAAAGAAUUACGUUUAUAAAACCCUUUCUCCCCCUGAGAUGUAGUCACUUCUGGAUCAGAGGAAGCCCAUACAGAUUGCAAUGCACAGUGACAUACAGGGAGGUGUGAAAAUGACAUGUGGAGAUUGGGGUACUUGGGGGAAGGAAGCUGUAUUAAUUGAGCACUUAUGGGAUGACAUAAACUCUUUACUGUUCUCUGAUGUCACAAAGCCUGGUUUCCCUUUGAUAGUUCGAUCCUGUGUAUAGGUUAACAUCACAUUCGAUUUUCAAAGCUUCCCCCCCACCCCUACAGUGCACUUUUAUGUUUAAAAUGGUGAAGAAGGUGAGCUAUUUUUGUGAAUGUGUGAUUUAUAGUUGUUACAGUCAUAGGCAGUAGUCUUACCUCAAAAAAAUAUUGCCUUUUCUUAGUUUCAGCAGAAUGUGCAUAUUUGAAUUAAACAUGAGUGUUUUUCUAGUCCUGCUUAAAUACUGUACACAAGCCAUUCACAAUUUACUUCAGACAGACAAAUAAUUACCAAGUGCAAAGGUGUAGAAACAGGCAGGGCAUCUUCGCUCUCCAUCUUCUGCCUCCAGCAGACCUGUAUAAAUCCAUUUCUGCAUGGGGUCGUCUACUGAAAAGCUUAAAAACAAAACCUGAAAAGCUAAGCAACAGCAACAGCAGCAACAAAAAGUGAGAUCAUUGUUUUCCAUCCAGGGGAAGGCACACUGCCCGAGUAACAAAUUAUCACAGAUAACAUAGGAUUCAUCUUGCAGGAUUGCUUCUCUAGAGCCCGUAUUCAUCAACCUCUCCUCGAAGAGGGAACGUGAAUUCAAAGCCUGCCUGGCAGUGAAAGUACUAGGAAAUCAUAAUAACCUGGUGAAAAUAUUGUCCAUUCUUGACCAAGAAGGAGCCAAGUACAUAGUUGAAUAGAAAAACUAAAAAGUUACUGCUAAAGCACAUUGAAUUUUAAAUGUCAGUAUUCUCUCAUUGUGCCUCUGUGUUGAGAUACCAGUAACAAACAUUUUACGUGGAUUUUGAAAAAUAACUUUUUCAUCAGUAUUUCCAGUCCAGCUAAUCCCUUACAGAAAAAAAUGAACUUAAUGUAACCAUAAGGGCUUGUUUGCAUUUUAUUCGGUUAUUUAAAUCACCGAUCUCAUUAAUAAUUACCAUAUUUUUUGAAAAAGUAAUUACAUUUCAAUCUUUCCUUGUGUGAAAUGGCCAUAAUACUACAAUACACUUCCCUACCUCACAGGUAAAGGUUCAAACUGUAGAGUCCCCCACUGUCUAAGGGGCGGCAUUACUCUGAAAGUGGAUGAAGUAUGAAGAGCUCUCCAUUUGAGUUGUAAGGUAUUUGUUAAAGAAUAUUUGUACAUUCUUGGGGAAAAGAGUAUACAUUGGAUGAUUGUAAAUGAUCUAGGUGACUUCCAGCAUUAUUACGUAUAGAAAGUAUGUGCUAAUUUGUCCUAUAGAACCUUCUUUGUUUCUUGCUGUGAGUACAUCUUGAGACCUCUGGCAGAAAAACCUAAUCUGACUUUGGAACUGAACCAAAUAAUGGAUAUUAUUAGCAAGAUUCUUUCCUGAGGUGCAAAAUUAUCCCCCCAGACUUUCCUACCUUCAUGCCUAUAACCUUGGGACCAGAAACCCACAAAAAUCCUUCAAUUUAGCAAUGUGAGCGUGGAUUUUCAAAAACACAUGACCCAAGAAAUGAAUUUCUUUUAGUGUACAAUUUUUAAACAUUUAAAAAAGACUGCUAAGUCAUUCUCCCUAAAACUACUCUUUUUCAUUCACUCUCUGUGGUGCUAAUGGACUUGGAUGGCUACCAGCAAAUACCAGAUCAUAUUUAAAAGUGAACAAUUGUUAAAAACCUGAUCAAAGUUGGUGCGUUUUAACUGUUUUGAAGAAUCCUGUCUUCACUUACUGCCAGAAUGGCUCAAGCCAAUAUACUUGCAUUGUAAACUUUUUAGUAAUCUCUCAUGAAUGAGCACAGAGCACAGCACUUACCAGUGAUUGAAAAUAUUUUGGAAGGCUUAAGCAUAUUUAUUUGGGAGUUUUAAAAACAGAUGCAAGAUAAAUAUGUGUAAUUAUUUUUGUUAAAAUAGCACUUUCUCUAGUCCUAGGUUUCUACUUUUUUUUUUUCCACUAUGGUUUGAUAUAUAUUUUUGGUUAGAAUGUAUUAUAAUUGAUUGUUUCUGUGGUAAGAUGUGUAACUCCACUUGCAUUCAUCUUAAUUGGUUUUUCCUUAAUCUUUCCUACUGAGAAUAUCUGGGGAGUUAAAUAAGUAGGAUUCCAGUUUGAAAAAGGAAUCCAGAAAUUAAUUGGUCUCCAUCUAAAUAUACCUGCCACAUGGCCAAAUCCUAUUAAAAGGAAUUCUAAGGUGAUCCAAACUGUAUUGUUGUAGACACAAGCAGGAGUCACAUAACUUGGAAGUCUCUUAUAAAAUAUGUUUCAUUUCAAUAGUGUUUAUUUUAAGCAAUUCGACCUUAUAUGCGAGACAUUAAAUGAAUUUAAGUAGGUUCCUAUUCAAUUCAUAUCCAUUUGACAUGAUUAAAAUGAUCGUUUAAAAGGCAAUUCAAUGACACUACAUUAAUUUUCACUUAAACGUGCUGUGGUAUAAAUGCUGCUUUUAAUGAACACUUAUUAAUUAGUUGGGAUUCAGUUUGUCUUUGAGUUUAGGAUUUUACAAGGUGGGUUGGUUUAUUGGAUGCUUGUUAAUUUUUUCGGCACAUUAUCUUCCCCCUUCUAAGAGUCCAGUAUUAUUCACUUGGCUUUACAACCCAGUGAAUAUGAAAACCCUCUUCUAUUUUCUCUAGCACUAUUCACUUAACAUUUUCUCAAAGUACUUUAUAGGGUAUAAAAAUAGUACUGGGUAAUAUCUAAGUGAAGGUAGCAGAAAACAAAAGAACUUUCAAACAGAAAUUAUGUUCCCUGCCUCCUCCUCCACCUCAAAGAAUAAUAAGCAUGUGGCACAAAUGGAGUUCUUCAGAAAAGCUGUCUGCAUAAUUUUCUUUCAAGGCAAUUUCAAGGCAUUUGACAGCACGAAGUUUGUGAUGAUCUUAAUUGGUCUACUAUUUAGUGGAGUCUAAGAAACUCUAAUUUAUUUCUGAGAGAUUAUCUUAUUUCAUGAGUAUCUGUGAAAAGCCUUACUGCUAAAGUCCAUUAGUCAUGGGAGGGCACCAGUCAAAUCUGGCCUUUGCAUGCAAUCCAGAGUUAACUUCAUAAAUGUUUAACUUCAAGUUGCCUUAUUUUUUAUAGUUAUGAGUUCAUUUGUGGGGGUGGGGGGUUUCCAGCAGAAUUUUUAAAAUAAUUGUUAGGCUUUAGAACCCCAUUGUUUGGAAAGAUCCUUUUAAUCUCAACUUUAUUCAGAUAUGUAAAGUCUUUCUAAUUUCAUCUGAUACUCAAUACAUCAGGGGUUGACUUUUCUGCCUGCCAUUUCUGAAAAAAAAUUUUUUUUAAGUCCUCAUUUAUGAUUUCAGGUUCUUUAGGUUCAAAUUCCUAUGAUGUUUCAUCCUGUAACAUAAAGUUUCUUAUUAUGCAGAAUUCAAUCAAUAGUACAUUUUAUGAUACAUUUUUGAAAAAAAGUUCUUGCAAUCCUUAUUUAGUUACAAAAAUUAAACAGAAGGAAGCUCCAUGAAAUUUAGAUGUCCUGAUUCAAUUCAGUUUGGUUCAACAUGUGUUGGGUAUAACAUAUGCCCAACACUGUUUGGUGAAGAAGACGGGCUCCCAGCCCUCCAAGAGCUCAAGCCAGGCAACAGCAACCACAGGAACUGGGGCAGGGAUUAGGGCAAAGAGCCACAGGCAAUGCAGCACCAUGAGUGCCAUAGAGGGGAGAAUAAAGAGACACUGGUUAAUUUGCCCAGUGUGGGGAGGCGGUCAUCUAAAUACAGGGACAGUUUGAAAGCAUUCAGUUUCUAAAUAGUUACACAGUUAUAUUCAUUAUGAUUUGUGAACAGGUGCAGAAAAAAGCCUGCAUAAUGUUACAUAUUUAUAGUAGUUCUUUGUCUGUAAAAAUGUUAAGUGGAUGAGCUAUUAUGAAAGUAAAAGUUCCAUUUUGUAUUUCUCAUUAAAAUUAGUACUAUAGGACUGUGGAUCAGAUGCUAAUAUUAAAGAAAUACUCUGUAGAAAAAAGGUUUUAACCUGAAUUAAUAUAUGUACUGACUAUUAAUAUAGAAUAAAUGUUAUAUUGGCUCAUGUUUA